AUGAGCGGACAACCGGGUAGUGCGGGCGGAGGGGGGAUGGGCGGAGGAGGUAUCGGCGGAGGCGGAAUGGGCGGAGGAAGUAUGGGCGGAGGGGGAAUGGGCGGAGGAAGCAUGAGCGGAGGGGGAAUGGGCGGGGGAGGGAUGGGUGGUGGAGGUAUGGGCGGAGGAGGCAUGAGCGGAGGAAGCGUGCGCGGAGGAAACAUGGGUGCAGGGGGAAUGGGCGGCGGAGGGGUGGGUGGCGGAGGAAACAUGGGCGGACGGGGCAUGGGAGGCGGGGUAGGCAUGAGCGGAGGAGGCAUGGGCGGAGGAAGCAUGGGCGCAGGGGGAAUGGGCGGCGGAGCGAUGGGCGGUGGAGGAAACGUGGGCGGAGGAAACGUGGGCGGAGGGAGCGUGGGCGGAGGAGGCAUGGGCGGCGGAGGCAUGGGCGGCGGAGGAGGCAUGGGGGGUGGGAGUGGGUCAUCGG